GUCCACAAGUAGUAUAUAAACGCCGGCCGCCGAGGCAGGAAGCAUUGCAAUCAUUAUUAUCUUUUAUUUUUAUCAAAAAAGGGAACAUGUAUUCGAAAAAUAUUCUAUUUAUAUUCGCUGUUUUGGCGGCAAACGCUUCGCUUGCCUUGGGCUGGGGUUACCGCGCGUCUGACCAGCGGCGCUGGGCCGUACUCCACCCCGCCUGCGGAGGCCGACAGCAGUCCCCCAUCGCCAUCGCGGCGCGCCAGGCCAUCCCCAUCUCCAUACCCGCUAUGGAACUCAUCGGCUACCAGAACCCUCUACCAGGCCCUCUCACCUUAACAAACAACGGUCAUUCUGUCACUCUAACCAUCCCUAAAUACAGUUCAGAGGAAGAGAAGAAAGGAUUCCGCCUACCUUACAUCUUCGGCGGACCGUUAGAUAACGAGUAUGAAAUCGAGGGCCUGCAUUUCCACUGGGGUGACAAGAACAACCGUGGUUCUGAGCAUACGCUGAAUGACAUGAGGCUGCCUCUUGAGAUGCACAUCGUGCAUAGGAAUAAGAAGUACAGGAACUUGGCCGAGUCUCUGCAGCAUCCAGAUGGAGUUGCCGUCCUUGCUUUCUUCUACCAGGUGGUGGAAUUCGACGCCAAGCUCCUCAGCCCCAUGGUGAAGAACCUGUCCAUGAUUGAGGCCUACAACAGCAGCAUGCAGCUCCCGCACACCUUCUCGCUCUCUUCCAUCCUGUCCGGACUGGACUCGGAGAGGUUCUACACGUACAAGGGCUCUCUGACCACCCCGCCUUGCGCUGAGGCCGUUACGUGGAUCGUGUUCUCUGAUUAUCUGCCGAUCUCCGUGUUCCAGAUGGACAACUUCCGCGGCCUCCUCUCCAACCUGAACCUGCCCCUUGUGGACAACUUCAGGCAGCUCCAGCCACUCUUCGGCCGCCGGAUCUUCGUGCGCAUCACCUCGAAGAACCCCAAGUUCAAGAAGACCAAGCUCCACUACUCCAAAUAUGAUUGGGUCGGACAUAAGAAGGCUGACAACGACGUUGGCGACUUCGAUGAAUAGAUAAACGGAUGUUAGCUGUUAGUUCCAUAGAACCGUUUCACUUUUAAACUAGAUGGCAGCACUUAAAUGUUAAAUGUCAUAGGUAGCUUAACGCUUCGUAUGUAUAAGCACUGAUCAGUGCGAACGAAUUUAAACCUAUUCUAUUAAACAAUGUAUUGAAACUCGUGCGCAUCACGAUCAGUGCUUAGAUAUACGAAGGGUUAUAAAUAUGUUUACAUUAAAUCGUCAUUUUUUUUACCGAAUUGUAAUAGUGUAAGUAAGUCUUUAACAACUUAUUCGCCGUGUGAACUAUUGGUGCUCAAGGUAGCUGAAUAUCAACUUUAACGAUGUAGCAAUAAAGUAGUGUAUAGAUAUUUGUUUUUCAUUGUAUCUGAUGGCAACUAUUAAUUAAUACCAGUCACCGAUCUAUAUUGCAGUACUUAUUUUUCUUUUUUAGAGUUUCAAAACAAAGCUUCUUAAACAAAACAUUGCUACUAGUUCAUAUGAAACUAUAUAGACUAGUAGCGACAUCUGUUGUCAAAUAUUACAAUGAAUUGCUACUUGUUGAUAUGGAACUAUAUAGACAAGUAGCGACAUCUGUUAUCAAAUAUUUCUACAUUAAGGGAAAAAAUUAUAAUUCAUUUCAGUUCUAUGGAACAAAUGGAAAUCGUCUACUCUACUUUAAAGCAAUCUCUACGGGUCUUCUGUCGUUCUACUAAUGUUAGAAUAAUUUAUUAUGUGUACAGAACCUAUUGUAUGUGUGAAUAGUAUUAUUAUUAAAUAAGGUAUUAAUAAACUAGUGAUUG